CAGCUCUUCACUUCACGCUCGACAAAAGACCUGAAACUGAGCUUGUGUGAGAAUCCACGAAUCCACUUGUGAAUACUGAGGUUUGGCUACCAAAGUUGGAUGGAUUCGACUCCGAAGAGCCCAAGAGAGCAGACAUGAUGGGCACUACAAACAUUCUGCUGCUCUUGCUGUGGUUCUCAGCCUGGCCAGCCACAGCCAAGAUGAUGUCGCCCUUCCCAUGUGAAGUCAGGCUUCACAAAAACAACUCUGCCAUCAUAUUCCUGUGCAAUAGACGUUCUUUGAAAGAGGUUCCAUUUGGGAUUACAGGUAACGCAACAGAGCUCGAUUUAUCAGACAAUUUGAUCAAGACGGUCUCAGGAAAGCAGCUGUCACAUCUCCAUAAUCUCACCACCCUCAAACUGAACUGGGCCAACAGGGAAGGAAAGCUGGUCAUCAGCGAGGAUGCCUUCAAGAACCUGACACGACUGAAGAACUUGGCACUUGGAGGAAACCACCUGAUGGGUAUACCAACAAACCUUCCAGCAGGGCUAAGAACACUAGACUUAUUCAGCAACAAAAUUAUGCACUUGGAUAAGCAGAUGCUAGCAGGCUUGGCCAACAUCACCACUCUAAAUGUAAGUAGGAACUGCUAUUCCACUGUCACAUGUGGCAAGCAUGUCACCAUUGAGGAUGACAGUUUGCUCGUGAUGACCCAACUCAACACUCUCGACAUUUCCUUCAACAACUUAACCAAAGUUCCCAAAGGCCUUCCCAAGACUCUGGUUGACGUGAAGGUGGGACACAACAACAUACAGGCGAUCAAAGAGGAUGACUUCCUGGGCCUGAGUGAACUCUCCGUACUUUUUCUCCAGGGAAACUGUCCCAGAUGCAGCUCCGCUCCAUAUCCCUGUGUUCCCUGUCAAAACCAGUCUCUAUAUAUCCAUCCAAAUGCAUUUCAAAAUCUGACAAAGCUCAAGACUCUGCACCUGGGAGGAAACUCGCUGAUGUUCGUGAACCCCUCCUGGUUUGAAAAUCUUCAUCAACUGAAGGUCCUUGUCCUCUCUUUUAACCUGCUGCUACCUGUGAUAUCCUCAGAAGCUACGUUCCUCACCUACCUGUACAGAUUAGAAAUACUUGAUCUCUCGUUCAACUUUGAACCAGGGGCAUUCCCACAAAGCGUGAACCUUUCCGAAAACUUCUCACACCUCAAGUCUCUUCAAGUUCUUCAUCUGCCAGGUCUCGUCUUUCAGCAAAUCAGGCCCUGGACUCUUAAGCCUCUCUACCAUCUAAAAAAUCUGACCAUCCUGGACUUGGGCUCAAACUUUUUGAUAAGAUACGAACCCAAAGUAUUUUCACACUUCUCCCACGUGAAAGUAUUAUAUCUAGCAGAAAACCGUCUGUCUCCACAAAGCGAGCAGAAACAAUUGAACUCAGGUAAUGGACACAGCCUUAGCUUAACAUCCAGAUAUCCGCCACACUCACGAGCUUUUAGCUUCAUACAAUCACAUCACUUUAUCAAGCAAGAGUGCCUGAAUGCCGGGAGAGUGCUGAGCCUGAGUUAUAACAACCUGUUUUUCAUCGCUCCACAGCAGUUUGAAGGCUACAAUGACGUGGCAUGUCUUAACCUCUCAGGAAACGGGUUCUCAAUGGCACCUAAUGGAACAGAAUUCUCCUCUUUACCAAACCUGACCUACCUUGAUCUGUCCUUCAACAAGGUCGAUCUGGCCUACAACAAUUCCUUCAGAGAACUCCAGAAGCUUGAGGUGCUGGACCUGAGUUACAACCCUCACUACUUUGAGGCCUACGGUGUGACACACAACUUGAACUUUCUUCAGAACCUGCCAGUUCUCAGGGUGCUGAACAUGAGUCACAACUCUAUUGCCACAUUAACAACCAAGCAGAUGAGCAGCCGUUCACUAGCAGAGCUUCAGUUCGGAAACAACCACUUGGGACAAAUUUGGCAGAACAGUGAUCGAUCAUAUGACAUGAUUUUUAUGAAUCUAACUAACUUGACCAUUUUGGAUAUUUCUUUCAACGGCAUCAUGAACAUUCCUGACACAGUGUUUCAACAUUUACCCAGAACCCUGACCAAGCUAAGUUUGAGCAACAACUUGCUCACAAAGUUUCAGUGGGAGAAACUCAAAGAUUUUGAACAACUUCAGGUUCUGAACGUGAGCCACAAUUCUCUGUCGGACGUGGUUGGCAUCCACUCGCACUCGUUGACCUUUCUGGACUUGUCUCACAACAACAUUUUCCACCUGGAUGAUGGGUUUUUAGUGGGAGCACCGUCUCUGCAGACCCUGAGCCUGAUCAAGAACUGGCUGACCACCAUCAACCAGUCGUCUUUCGAGACCACACCCAAGAUUAAAACCUUGAUGCUCCACCAAAACCCUCUUCAGUGCAUGUGCGACUCACUAGACUUCAUACUGUGGAUUGAAAGUGGCGACAUAAAAAUCCCAAAACUGACUUGGGAUGUGAAAUGUGACUCACCAGCCAACCAAAAAGGAAAACUGCUGACUCACUUUCAGAUCAACAACUGUGUCAACGACAGUCUGGCGUUCUUGAUGUACAUUCUCUGCACUUCCUUCACCCUCCUGUUCAUGUUCGUAGCCACAGUUUAUCACUUGUUCUACUGGGAUGCCUUCUACGCCCUGCACUACGUGAGGGCCAAGCUAAAGGGCUACAGGAAGUUGAAUUCCAAACACAACGUGUAUGACGUCUUUGUGACCUAUGACACCACUGAUGCAGACGUUUCUGAGUGGGUGAUGACGAAUCUGAGAGCACAGCUGGAGGACGACAGACACCAUCUUCCUCUCUGUCUGGAGGAGAGAGACUGGCCUGCAGGAGUCCCCCUGGUGGACAACCUCAUCCAGAGCAUCCGAUACAGCCGCAAGACCCUCUUCGUGUUGACUCAGGGCUACGUGAAGACCGGCGUCUUCAGGCUGGCCAUGUAUUUGGCCCAUCAAAGACUGCUUGAGGAGAACGAGGACGUGAUCGUGCUGCUGAUGCUGGAGCCAGUACUGCAGUACUCUCACCUGCUGCGUCUGAGGGAGAGGCUCUGUGGGAAGAGCGUUGUCAAGUGGCCCAAAACUGGAGCGGCAGAGCCGUGGUUCUGGCAGAACCUUAGAAAUAUCAUCCGCGUGGACAAUGACGUCAUGUACAACAAGACCUACUCAAAGUUCUUCAACAAUCAAUGAAGAAAUGGACUGAAUAGUAAAUAAAAUAAUCUUUGCAACUUGCUCUGGAUCAAA